AUGCUUCUACAGCAUGGAACGAGGUUUACAUUGAAAAUAAUAAUGAUGUUGAUACAACUUUUGUGCAGUUGGAUAUUGUUAUCCAAGGCUGUCGACGUAGGCGGUUUCUAUUCUAUCCCAGGUCUAAACAAAACUGCUUACAUCAGGAAAGGUGACAUAAAUAUUGGGGCUCUGUUUGGGAUUUACGGCUCAAGCUCUAGUAACGUCACUAAAUGCGACAAAUUACGAAUGACAUCCAUCACUUUACAACGAAUGGAGGCGGCGGUGUUUGCGGUAGACAUGAUCAACAAAGACCCGACAAUGCUGUCCAACGUGUCCUUGGGGUUUGUUAUCCUGGAUGAAUGUGAUACGGAUAACACAGCUUUAGCACAGUCCCUGUCCUUUCUACCGAUGACAGCAGAUUCAUGCUUCUCCAACAUCUGUAACUCGUCCUCUUCUUCAAUUCUUCAGCCUUCCUCGCAUGCAGAUUCUAACGCAAUCAGUCAUUACGAUGUUGUCGGUGUCCUCGGCCCUAACAGAAGUGACCGAAGCAUUGCUAUAGCUUUACUCUAUUCAAUAGCACGCAUUCCUAUCAUGUCUUACAAGGCAACCACGGAUACACUAACUGAUAAAUCCAAUUAUAGAUAUUUCCUCCGGGUGAUACCUCCAGACAAGCAUCAAGUCAAAGCCAUGCUGACUUUCAUCAAAAGCCAGAACUGGAGUUACAUUUCUGUACUGUACAGCGCUGGUACUUACGGCGAACCAGCGUUUGACAACAUACAGUCUUUGUCUCCGAAGUUUGGGAUCUGUAUCGCUACGUCGCGUCGACUGAAUUCUGACUCCAACUUCAGAACAACUGCCAAAAGUUUGCUAGAGUACCCUCGAGCUAGGGCUGUUAUUCUCUUUCUCCUAGUGGACAUGGUCUCUGCGCUUCUGAAAGAGAUUAAAGUUCUUAAACAAGCCGGGAACUUUAUUUGGAUAGGGAGUGAUGCUUGGUCGGCAUCACUUUCGUCUCUGACUCCGUACAUGGAUGAAGUAAGUGGUUCUAUCAUCUUUGCCCCGGUAUCGGCAUUUGUACCGUCGCUUGAUGAAUAUUUCAGGACCUUAGUGCCUGCAGAAUCACCUAACCCUUGGAUGUUACCUUCGGUAGAGCUCAUCACAGGAUGUUCCCUAGCCAAAAAUAACUGCAAUCUGACACAUUUACCUUACGUAGAUAAUGGAUUCCCAUUUGCGGACGGUAAUUCGAACGUUCUUGACGCUGUCUAUUCUUUUGGACAUGCUAUAAAUAAACUCCUCAUGGAUCACUGUCCAAAUGCUAAGGGGCAACAAGCCAGACAUUGCCUUAAAGGAGAAAUACUUUUCCGAUAUCUCUUAAAUGUAUCAUUUGAAGGCUUCACUGGGCUUGUUAGAUUUGACGAAUACGGCGAUGGCAUGAGCAAAUAUCGCAUAAACCAAGUAUUCCCGCAGAAAUCUGCAGAUGGCAAUUUUACCGGAGCAAUUACUGAAAACACUAUUGCUUAUUACAACAUACUAACGAGCAGUAUUCAGUACGUCAGUCAGUUUAACUUAUCAUGGCAGUACUUCAACGAUCUUAAUUCUGAUAUUCCCUUCAAAAAACUCGACGCAGAUGAACGGCCUGAAUCAAUCUGUAGCUAUCCGUGUAAAGAUGGGCAGUUCAAAAUCCCCUCAAAGCUAGAAUGCUGCUGGGACUGCCGCUCCUGCAGAGAAAACGAACGGAUGGCUUUUGAUACUGAAGUCCCCAGAUGCGAAGUAUGUCCGCAGUUCAUGUGGCCGGACCAGCAGACAAAUUCAACUAUGUGUAUUCCAAUACCAGUCAGCUACCCGAAGUUCUCCAACACGCUACCUAUUCUCAUGAUGAUUCUGACCGUAGGGGCAAUUAUUUGUACGCUGGGCGUUAUAUUUGCUUACGUCUAUCUACGUGAAGUUCGUGUCAUCAAAGCUGCGAGUAGAGAACUCAGCUUCCUUCAGCUCGUCGCCAUCAUGGUCGGUUACAUCACGGUUGUUUGUUUCCAGUCCACGCCAACGCAUGUCACCUGCAGCGCCCUCUACUUCAUGUUCUGCUUGAGUUUCACGUGGCUUUAUGCUCCGUUGCUGGUGAAAGCUGUGCGAAUCUUCCGCAUCUUCCACAGUGGCACCAAGGGCAAACAGCGACCAAGAUUUAUCAGUCCAAUGUCUCAGAUGUUUAUGGCAGUUACCUUGAUUGUUCUACAGGUGCUGAUCUGUGUUGCGAUUGCUCUGACGUUCGCGCCAACAGCCAUACUGACACAACCAAUCAUCACUGACAAGUUCGUGGAGAUGUCCUGCGACAUGACAAUACCUGGCAUCGUCUCUUUCCUGGCAUACAACCUCAUACUGGUCUCGCUGUGUUUAAUAUUUGCAUUCAAGACCCGCAAACUUCCUGACAACUUCAACGAGUCAAGGUUUAUGUCCAUGUGCUUGUCCAGCACGUUGGUCAUCUGGCUGGCGUUUAUCCCUACCUACCUGACGGCUUCUCAUGAAUCUGUCAGGGUCAUGCUGCUCUCGGUGGCGCUUCUUCUGAACCACUCGGUUGCCCUUGUAUUCUUGUUUGUUCCGAAGAUCUACGCAGGUAUUUAUCUACCGCCGGAAGAAACGAAUGCCGUGUUUACCCACAGGCUGCCGAAUACCCUGGCUACGAACUUACACACUCGGAACAAUCAGGUCACUCCAAACACUCUUACUGAACCACCUCUGCAGGCGUUCUGA